UCCCUUUCUCCUCUCGCUCUCUCUCUCUCUCUCCCAUUAGCAGACUCAAAGGCUUUCAACUCUGGGAGAAAUCUAACGCCCCUCUCGCCCUUCUCAGAGCUCUCUCCACUCCCAUCGAUCUCUCUGACAACAAAAAAGGAACGAAGAAUACAAGAAAGAAAAAAGAUCAGAAGGACUCGUCCAUCAAGAAUCCUGUGGCAAGUGGAGGAAGAAAAAGGGGGAAAAAGCGAAUAAGAUCGGAGUGCUUACCUUCUGCCUCUUUGAUAUCGUUUCUUCGAGCAUUUCGUGGUCUUUUCUUCAAGGCUAGGUUUUCUUCCUCUUCUGCUCCCCCAUCUUUCUAUCCCUUUCUCCCUCGAUCGCUCACACGAGUCGCUGCUCCUGUCUCUCUCCGUCGCCCAUUCCUCUCUUCGUCUCUCUCUUGAGGUGGAAGGACGAGAUCGUUUUUUGCUGUUGGAAGCCCAAUGCCACCAAGACGGAAGAGUGGUCAUCCUUGAUCGGUUUUUUCUGAUUGUGUGCUUGUGGAUUUGGAUUUGGAGAUGGGCGGUGAUCAAGACGGGUGUUUGAAGGGGAUCGCUGCAUCAGCUGGGGGACUGGUUUGGGUCCGCCGUCGGAAUGGAUCGUGGUGGCCUGGCCGGAUACUUGGUUGGGAUGAGCUACCAGCAAAAUGCUUGCUUCCACCGAGAUCUGGAACUCCCAUCAAGCUUCUUGGAAGGGAAGAUGGGAGCAUGGACUGGUAUAACCUUGAAAAAUCUAAGCGUGUGAAAGCAUUUCGCUGUCGGGAGUAUGAUGAGUGCAUUGAAAGGGCCAAGGCUUCUGCAGUUUGCUCUAAAAAAAAGCCAGCCAAUGCAGGAAAGUAUGUUCGCAGGGAAGAUGCUAUCCUGCAUGCUCUUGAGAUUGAAAAGGCUUACUUCUCCAACAGAAAUCAGAUUAAAUCAGGGAUGAAGAACUCUAUGGCUAAAACAAACAGUUUGGUCAUGCAAUCAAAAAGCAUGCUUGGUCUUAACAAACAGCCAGGUUAUGCUGCCAGAAAACUCAGUAUGCUUGAUGAAAACUCUGCUCUGGAGUUAUCUCAAUCAGUGUUGUCAUUUGAACAACCAAAUAACCCAACUGCUAGUGACAUGCAGUUGGUGCCAAAAAAGAGAUGGAGGACCCCAAAUGAUUCAGAGGACGAUGCCACUGAAGGAAUAAAGCGUAUGAGAGAUCUUCAGGAGAUAGGAUUGGGGAUGAUAUCCAAAAGAAAGCCUAAUAUUGAUGUUCAAGCAAAAGGGUACAAUGAGCUAGCUUUUGCCAACAAUGCUUCUCUCAGUGAAUCAAACAUUGAUAAUGAUCUUUCUAGUACUUGCCAUAUAAAUGUCAGGAAAGAUUCUUGCUCAUCUCUGAAGCAAAAACGAUCUCAUGUGGCACCUCAUGAAAAUUCAAGAAAGAAAACCCGUCAUAGCCCACUAAUGAAGGUUCGCAAGGGAACAAGGGUUAUAAUUCCAUCAUAUUGUCAUUGGGGUGGUGGCUUCGCAGGACAUUCAUCUCUCCAGGGAGAGACGCCAAAAAAACUAGUGGCACCUAAACCUGCUGCAAAGAAGGGAGAGUUUUCAGUGGUCAGUGAUAACAGUCCAGACUGUUCGGGCACUUCAUGUGAGGAGGCAUUAUUGGAUGACUGUGAGAACACUCGUAACGCUAUUGAUGGCACCCAUGUUCAAUCGGAAAUUAAGGAUAGUGAACUUUCAAGCAUGCUAGAAUUUAUUGAUGAUGAUUGCUCUGAUGGCCUUAUUGAUGUUCCUCUUCUCAUGGAAGGCAACAUUGAUGGAGAUUAUCUACACUUGUUUCGAUCUUAUGGAUCUGGAAACCUUCACCUUCAUGCAGCAGAUAAGCAAUAUAAUCAUUGCAGUCAGGAUAGGGUUAUUUCAAAGUUUAGCGAAGGACUUGGUGAGAGUGGCUUUACUGGAUCUGGAACUCAUGUUAAUCAUACCAGACAGAGGAUAGACAAGAAGGGCUCAGAACGGUUUCCAAAUGGGAAAAAGAAUUUGAAAUAUCUAAGACUGAACGAAAGCAUGGCUUCAGAAAGCUUUGGUGGCAGGGCUGAUUGGUUCGGGUAUUCUUUGAAGGAUAAAAUGCAGAAGGAUAGAUUGUUUGUAGGUUCUGAAUGUAAAUUUGGCAACAAUUCCUAUGAUGAAUCCCCGACAUCUGACAAUCGUGGGCAGUUGGUGAAAUGUGAGUCAGUUGCAGAUGUAGGUGAUGUUCCUCAAGCUCAGACUUUUCCCAAACUCUCUUGCACGAAUGAUGUGGGACCAAACUUUGCCGGUGAACAAGAAGCUGUCCAGUCAGCUGAAGCUGUAAACAAGCUCUCAAACUCAUCAUUUGCAAGAGAUAUAGAUGCACCAUUCACAGUGCCCAUCUCCACCAUCCUACCUCGACAAUCAUUUGCAAAUCACCAUGUUCAUCUCCCAGCUUUUUCCAGGCACCAGGUUCCAAAGCCAGUCAGAAGCUUGUUGAUGGAUUCUAUUCUAUUUGAUGUCGAGUUGAAUGUUCAAGCAAGCUACCAGGGUCCACACGUACCGCUGGUUUCUCUCAUGAGUAAAUUGAAUGGUAAAGCCAUUGUAGGCCACCCUAUUUCUGUAGAGGUUCUUCAAGAUGGUGCCACUGUUGCUCCAGUGACUAGAAAUGAAUGGUGCCCAAUUACAAGCAACACUGGCCAAUCAGUCAGGAAUAGGAUCAGUAGGAUGGGUAAAUUGCAGCCAAAAGAGCAUACAACACAAUCACAUUGCAAUAUUCAAGGGAAGAAAACUAAUCAUAUAAAGGUCAAGUCUCCUGUGAUGAAAAAAAAGUCUUCAAAAAAUAAGAAAUCAGGGUUCUCUCCUAGAAAGAUUCGCAGGCUAUCAUCAAUUGCUGUUGAUCAGAAAUACAAGCAGGAAGAGAGAAAGCCAAUGGUGGAAAAGAUCAAGGGACCUGCUGUUGCAUGCGUCCCUCUAAGACUUGUUUUUAGUAGGAUUAAUGAAGCAUUGAGCUGUUCAGGACGGCCAGCAAAUGUUAGCUAACACCUAGCAGACGAGGACUCCCAACUUUUCUUCUUGAAGCUUGCUAAGUGAUGAAAAUUGGUGCCUUUGUCUGCUCAGUACAUUGCAGUUGCUGACAUUGUAAAUUCUGUCCCCAAAUUAGACAUACCAAUCUUGUUCAUAUCCUUUGUAUUAGUUUGCAGUCCAUCACUGGAUUAGGAAAUUGUCGGGCAUUACCUGUAGUUGCAUUGAAGCAUUUAGUUAAGAAAAUCACAUCAUUGGAUAUUUUGACUUUCACAGGUUUGUGGCUGUAUAUGUCCAGAACUUAAGAUGAAAUAUGAUGCUUCAAAUUUUGACAUUUUAAUAGAUGAGUCAGUUAACUGUCUCAGUU